GUUCAUGGUGAUAUAACUCGUCGACAUGUACAUUUUAAGGUUGGAAUGAACUGAAGAAAUUUGAGUAUGACAUCGAACUCCUAGUUUGAUCUACGACGAGUAUUAUGAUAUUAACGGACAUACUAAAAAUUACUUUCUAAAAAGGACAGGAAGUUCAUUGAGAUCUAACUCGUCGACAUGUACAUUUUACGGUUGGAAUGAACUUUCUUUUUUUGUGAUGAAACCUGAGAAUGACAUCAAGGAUUAUGAUAUCAAGGGACAUAAUUAAUAUUACUUUAUACAAAGAAAGUUCCCGAUAUAUUAAACAAUACAUUAUAAACGAAUAAUGGCUUUAUCGAAAGUAGCUGCGAUGUCAUCACUAACAGAUGAAGAGACAAACUUCUUGAGAUUUGCUAAUCUUUUGAUUCGUAUUGCGCUAAAAGCAGUUCGGGAUUUGUUUGAUAAGUAUUUCACACCUGGUGGAUUGUCUGUGAUGUUGAACCAGUCAAAAGGAAAACUUGAAACUCUUAACCAGAAAAAAAUCCUCAACAAGUCGCAGAUGGAUUUACUUUAUCCUCCACAUGGAACAGCGACUGUAACAGUUCAAUCAUCGGAUAUGGAUAUUACUCUGAUGAUUUGUUUACUGCGUAAUUUAAAAAAGAUGAAAAUACAAGAUUCACUUCCAAGAGAAACAGAUGUAUGCGCAGAAGCAGAUAUAUCUCGAAUAAAGUAUUAUAGAAACUGGAUAGCUCAUAACACAGAUGGUCAAAUAAACAAAAACGAUUUCCCGGUGAUUUGGAAGAAUACUUGCGAGGUUAAUAAUUUGAUUACAGCAUAGGAAUAAUGAUCCUUUAUCAAUAUAGAUCAUUUGAUCAUAACAUUACAGACAAAUGAUUACAAAAAUUUAAUGCUGAGCAUAGACAGUAUAGAUACUGAAUAAAAUAUUCAAUUAUAUUGAAAGGAAAUUAAAUAAGACUGUGAGGGAUCUACUUUCCUGAUUAUAAUGAUCAUCAGAUAAAGGGCAAA